UAAGGAAACUUGCCUUUGGUUUCGCCCCACCCAGGAAUCAAACCCAGAUCCUAUCACUUGUGAUAAGUGGUUGAACCAAUACUCUACAGGACGUCAGAUAAAGAUUAUGAGUUCAAGGUGUUGAGGCACAGUGAGAUGAAAGACAAGAUUCGCCCGGGGUCCCAGAAUGAUCAGUCAAAGUGCUUUUGAGUUUGAUAUUGAAAAGCUUAUACAGAAUCAAAUAGACAAAACUAAUAUUAAUAAAGAUAAAUUGAGAGAAUUAUUGUUAAAUAAAAGAGAAAUUCUAGCGAAAUCCCUAACAGAUUGUGGUAAGGUAAAGUCUAAUGCAGAGAUAAGAGGAAAACUUCACCACAAACAAAGACAGUAUAAAAUACGACGGGAGGAUAAAGAGACAAUUGGGAAGAUAAUAAACAAUUUAAUGGAACAAGGGGUGAUCAAGAAAUGCCGGUCACCUACAAACUCCCCAAUUUUCCUGAAAAAGAAGCCUGAUGGUUCUUGGAGACUACUGUUAGAUUGCAAAGCACUAAAUGAAUGUACAAAUCCUAAACAAGGACAGUCCAUUUCCUCACACGGGAGCAUAGAGAAAUUAACAAGGGAAAAAUACCACACUACGCUAAACAUCGCAAACGGAUUCUGGUCUAUUCCUAUAGUUGAGAAGGACCAGUUUAAGACAGCAUUUACCUAUCAGGGUCAGCAAUAUCAAUGGACCAGGCUGCCAGAGGGAUGGUGUAACAGCACAGUUAUUUUUAAUGAGGCGAUUCGUAGGGUUCUGGACGACAAUCCAAAAAUAACGCGUUUUGGGGGGGUUAUACAUUUCUCCAAUGACAAUGCUGAAAGUCAUAUUAAGCUUCUAAAACAGAUAUUGGAGAAGUUGGAUAACCAUGGGCUCAAAAUAGAUCUGAGAAAGAGUCAAAUUGGAAGAUAUGCGGUAGAUUUUUUAGGACACCAGAUUAGUGAGACUGAGGACAGACUGUCAAGAAAAUUUAAAGAGGAAGUCAGCCAGGUAAAGCCACCCAAGACCAGAAAAGAGUUACAAUCUGUACUGGGAAAAUUUAAUUUUGCCCGAGAAUUCGUUAUAAAUUAUGCUGGCAAAGCUGCGUCAUUGUUCAAAUUAACAAAUAAAGAACCGUUCCAAUGGGACACAAAUGCGCAAGAAUGCUUAAACCAAUUACAGCAGGACAUUCAAAAGGCUGUACCCCACAGCACUAGGAAACCGAAAAGCAGUUUGAUAUUGGACAUUUACGUAAGCAAAGAUUCGAGCGUUACUGCAGUAAAACAAAAGUCUGUUACUGGAGAAGAGACACUUAAAUACCUUAGCUUUAAUUUCUCAAAAGCAGAGAAAAAGUUUGCUAAAGAUGAAAGGCUGCUAGCUACCUUAUUUUGCACUCUGAAACAAACCUGUCAGAUGGUAACCAGUAAAGAAAAAAUAACUGUAAGGACAAGUUAUCCUGAAUUAGCUGGUGUAACCCGGGAAAGCCAAAGAAAUCAUAAAGCGUUAAAAUGUCGAUGGAAAAAAUGGGAAUCUCUAUUGUAUGACCAACGAAUAAGUUUUGAACUUAGAAAUGGAAUAGAAGAAAAUGAGCUAAGCAGAUUUGAGAUUGAGGAAGAACAAGAGAAUGAAUAGACAGACGAAAAAGAAGAUGGAACAAAAUGUAAAUAGACAUUGUAGGACCGCUCUCAAGGACUCGCAGUAAUAAUCAAUUCCUGCUGGUGAUAGUAGACCAUACACCAGGGUUUGUUCUUGCAUAUGCUGUGAAGAGGGGUAAAUCUGCUGUUUAACUGACAAGAGUAUUACCAGGAUAUGGCUUGAUGAACACACUUGACAGAGGCUGGCACUUUAUAGAAGAAAUGACUGAAGAGGUUGUAAGGUUACUGGGUAUAAAAAUAGAAAUUCACAUAUGCCCCACCACCUACAGAUUUGAAGGACUGUAGAGAUAAUUAAAAAUGCUCUAAGUCAAGCAUGUCUAAAUAUGCACAAAAGAUGGGAUGAAAUGUUACUUUGGAUCUUUAUGGGAAUUAACAAUAGAAUUUGUGAAAAGAUAGGAUGUUGCUCAUUCCAAAUAUUCACUGGUGGAAGUAUGAAAAUCCCUUUGAACUGCAAUCAAGGGCUAUCGAUACAUGAGGUUAGAGAGGGAAUUUGUAAAAUAACCCAAGACAUAAUCAAGGAGUUAGAUGAAGCAGAGUAAUAGACAAUUAUCCCCUAUGAGUGUCAAUAGGGGGAUUUAGUACAAUGGAAGGUGGGCACUAAACAACCAAAGUUAUGCAAAACAAGUUUCAUGAGCCAACCCCUAUUGUGAAAAUACUGAACCCCAAAACAGUUAUGUUCCACAAGGUUGUAGAGGAAAGCAUUGAUGCAGCUUCAGGUAGUAGUAAAAGGUUCCGAGAUUAAAUAAUUUCCUUUCUGAAUCUACUGGGGAGAGCUAGAAGUGUUCCUCUCCGACUGAUGGAAAAGGAAAGGAAAUCAAGACGGUGAUUAACGAUAAAUUUCCUUGGAAACUGAUAAAUCAUACGAGAUUCAACAAGGCAUUCGGGGACAAAACACCAUAUAAUAUGGCUCAAAUCAAGCAAAUGAUGAAGAUACAUCCAUAUCGCAACACUAUAGACCUCCUCGAGAUGGAGAGACAAGAAAAAAAUAUACUUGGACAAGGACUAUGCUCCUGCAGUAUCUGACCUUUGUGCGCAAAAAAAUGGAUGCACUGUACAUCUCACGGAGCCAAUACGGAACCUCAGCAUCCUGUUCAACCCUCAAGUGUCCUACAUACCUCACAUCUGUGCCAUGACCCGCUGCUCCUUUCCCCCCUCAGUAACAUCGCCGGCUCCACCACUGUGUCACACUGCAGACCGCCGAGACAUAUAUGCAUUCAUUCAUAACAUCCAGGCUCCACCUUGGGAUGUCCUCCCAUUGUGAAAGGUGCUAUACAAAUGUAAUCUUUUGUUUUUUUGGAGGGAUUUUUGUAGUUGAUCUCCCAAUAAUAAGUGAACAAACAUUAUCAAAGGCAUAUUUUUGAGAUGAAUGAGAUUAUUCCCGUUUUAAAAAGUAAAAUAUAGAGGAAGCCGGUUAAACCGGACACGUCGGGCUGGCCGUUUUGUCCGGUUUAAGUGGCCUCUGAGGUUAGCCGAAGUUCCAUUACCUCUUCCCGCCCAGCAGAGGAGCGCCCCCCGCCCCCCCCUCCCACUGCUGUUCCCAUUGGACAGGAAAGGGACCAAUUACCAGCAGCUCCGAGGUGAUUGUCAGCCUUGAAGCUGCUUGUGAAUAGAUGGGCUCCACCCAUUCACAAGUGGCUCCAGUUGUCAAUCAAUCGUGAUUUGACUCCACCCAUUCCCUCCCUUGUUUGCUUCCCUUUCCUCCUCCCACUCACUGAUUGACAGCCCAACUCCAGCCGCUUGUGAAUGGCUGGAGUCCGCUGUCAAUCAAUCGCAACUUGACUUCUCCCAUCUCCAUUCCUGGAGCUGCUCAUGGCUGAAUGGAGUCCCUCGAGACACAGAAGUACAUUCAACAGCGGUAUUUUCUCUGGAUUAACUGGAUUUUUGUACAAAUUAACCGGCAUAUGCAAAACUGGUAAGAAUCCAAAUGAAUCGGAGCAGGAGCGUUUUGUCCAAUUUAACCAGGGUCUGAGGUUAACCAGCAUCCGGCUAAAGUGGGUUCAACAGUGCAUCAAUCAUUAAACCCAGACAUUCAACAACCAGCGCCCCAACAACUGUCAAAUGCGAAACCAUAUCUGGCAGGGAUGGUAGACCACCUGACCAUGUUUGAACCUAGAGUAGAUGAGUAGAAAUUGAUGGCCAAGCGUCAGGAAACCUGCUAGUCAUUUCGGAAACCAACCACAUUGAUAAAGAGGCAAGGUAACAGGCUGAAAGGCACAAAUUGAAGGCAUCAGCUUGAAAAACAGGAAACUAUGCCCACUUAAAGAGACAAAUACUGUACUUAGAAGAACAAAGUACUUAUUGAGACAAUUCUUAGGAAAAUAAACCCCCAAGCUAAGAAAGAAACUGGUUUUAAACUUAGGUAAAUAACCCCUAAAUAUAUGAGAUAGAUAGCUAGCUGAAACCUUCCUGCACUGAGCCUAUACAAAGGCUUAGCAAACGGUAAAAGUUAGGAAUCCUUGACACGAAGCAUCAAGAUCUUGUGAUCGUCCAACUCUGACUCCAGGCAGCCGACAACCCCAUUUUCCCAAUGUACUGCGCUGUCACUUGCUAAAGCUCAGAACGAAUCGUGUGCAUUUUAUUCAUUGUAACGCUCAAAGAGAACAACAUAUAAUAAAUGGCUUUUGUCGAAA